UCCUUGAUCAUGGAAUGAGCUUUUAUACGAUUGUUGAGAUUGAGAUGUUGAUGAGUGGUACUUCAUAAGACGUCCGUUCCUCAAUUCUGGGAUUUUGCAGAGUUGAGAUUGAGGAAAUGGCGAGACGGGGACUGAGUUUUUUGGUUGUGGUUCUGAGUCUUUGCUCGUUUGUGAUGAGCAGUCAUUUGAUUCAGUUGGAUGAGGAGAAUUUUGAGAGUUGUGUUGAGAGGACGGAAUUUUUGAUUGUUUCUUGUGAGCCAUGUCAAGAUCUCAUACCAGAGCUUGAAUCAGCAGCAGAAAGUCUAAGCAACAGAAACAUAUACCUCUCCGAAAUCGACUGUACAAAAGAUGCCAAAAUAUGCAGUAGAUACGGCGUCCAAUCUUAUCCUACAAUCAGAAUCUUUAGGGGAUUAGAAAGAACGCCUGCUAGGUAUAGAGCGAGACAGAAAGCUAAACAGAUUGUUUCCCAUAUGAUAAAGCAAACUCUCCCUCUGAUCUCCGAAAUCACCACAGAAAACAUAGAAGAGUUCAGAGACUUUGAUACACCCUUCUUGAUUGCGUAUCUUGAUCCAUCUGAUACCGAAUCUCUCGCUCUCUUCAUCCAAACAGCCGAGUCUCCACUCCAUGAGAAUUUUAUUUUCGGUACAGCAACAAAUAGAUCUCUAUUCCCGUCGGAAGAAAGCAAGGAACGGUUCAUCGUGCUUUGGAACCCUUUGGAUGAAGUACCUGCUUUAUACGAUGGAGACUUCGACGUAGAAAAGAUCACAAAAUUUGCAGAAGAAGCACUGGAAUCACCCCUAAUCCCUCAAUUCGGGAUGCAGAAAUUCGCAGAAUACGCUCAAUCCGGCCUCCCACUAGCCUUAAUAUUCGCUCUUACACAACAUGAACGCACAUCCCUUGCUCAAACAUUCAAGCCAAUAGUGAUCAAGAAUAAAGGCAAGAUGAACUUUGCAACUAUAGAUGCGGUGAAGUUACCGUUUUUAGCGAAACCGUUGGGGUUGGAUGGGAAGAGGUGGCCGGCUUUUGUGGUGCAUGAUAUUGAGGAUGAUGAGACGUUUGUUUUUGACCAGGAGAGGGAGAUUGAAGGGGUGGGGGUGGAGGAGUUCUUAGAGAGGUUUUGGGGGAAGAUGGAGGGGAAGAAGGAACGGGUGAGGGAGACGGAAAUGAGUGAUGCUCAUGACGAACUAUGAUGGAAUCUGAUAUUGGCAGUUGAGAGAUGGCUUUCAGUGAGAGUUGAUAUAGACUCUGGGUAUAAAUAGCGUGGACGGAAAUGGAGGCUUUUCAAACAGAACUAAACGCUUCCAGUACAUGUCCAUGAACCUUGACUUCAAAGUUCCAGGAGGAACAUGUGUUGGUUGGAAUGAUCAACGACGGUAGACAUUUGUAUGACCGACUAGGACUUGCUUUGGCUUGUAGCUUUCUAGAAAGGAUGCCAAUUUGUUCACUUGUGGU